CGCCAUCACUGCGGUCGAGAUGGCCGAACCAUGCUCACUGGAGAAGAGCGCCUUCUCGCUAAAACUUAUACGGGAGGCGGCCACGGAGAGUUUCUGCCAGCUUCUGGGGUCUCUGAACCUCGGUGACGUCGAACUCUUCGUGGAGGCCCGGUUACUGUCGUUGUUCCACUACUUCGCAAAUGUCGGCGGCGACGACUUGCACUCGCUAUGUGUGCGAGAUAUUCAUUCGCUUAUGCUGCCGUCAGCACAUCCAAUGCCGCGCUCAACUGUCGUGUACAUGAUCCGUCCACGAACUGCCCACGUCCAUCUCGUGGCUCAACAUCUCCAGCAACUCCCCGCCGGCACUUCGGCUGUGCUGUUUCAUACAGGUUCAUGGAAUGCCCUAUGCACCGACGUGUUGGUUCGUGCCGGUGUCGACAAACAAGUGGUUGUCCAUGCAUACAAGCUCGGCUUCAUUCCACUCGACAACGACAUCCUCACAUUGGCCCACGACACGGCUUUGCGCGACUGCUACAUCCACGGCAACAAGACAUGUCUCACUGAACUCGGACACGCCCUCCAUGUGCUCCAGCAGACAGCAGGAGAUAUCCCCACCGUGCAUUACAAAGGCGAGUUGUCCAAAGCGGUGUGGAAGGCGCUGUCUGAAUUCAACGCAACGACGCCGCCGCCGGCGACACGACUGAAGAAGCUGUGCAUUGACCACAUGAUCCUCCUCGACCGAAAGCUUGACUACAUCGCGCCGUUGUCGACACCGCUCACGCACGAGGCGUUGCUGGCAGAGUUGCUUGGGCUCCAGGAUGGUGUGGUCACUGUGGGCGCAGCUCCAUCUGCGGACGGCGACGCUGCGACGAGCGCUGCCCCGUCUUCGACAGUAGGCGAACAGGUGACAUGGGCACUGAACGGAGACGAUCCGGUCUUCCAAGACAUUCGUGACAAGCACAUCCAAGCGAUCGGACCUUACCUGCACAGCACGAGCGCCGUCUUCGCUGAGGAGCGCAAGCACAUGGAGCGUUUGCUUCACGCCGAAUCCACCACGGUAAAACAACUGGACGAGCUCGGCGCCAGCAUGAAUCAGCACAUGGUACGCCGUUCAAUUUCACCGAUGCGUGUGCGCCAUCCGUUUCGUCAGGACAAAGUCGCGAUGCUGAGCAAGCACAUUGCCCUGGCGGAGCUCGUACAGGCCACGACCAAGUCGAAGUCGUUCAAAAAUCUGUGGCAACUCGAAAAAGCCAUACUGGAGAGGCAGCCCCACCUCGGAGACAUCGAAGCUCUUGUGUGGCAGCUCACACCCGCCUACACAGUCCUCCGCAUGUUAUGCCUGCAUAGCUUGGCGAACCAAGGCCUGCCGAAGGCCUCGUACAUGCAGUUGAAGACCCAGUGCCUGCACUUGUACGGCUACGAGUACUUGCACGUGUUUGAGAGCUUGGAAGCGAUGGGGCUCCUCACGACGGGCUCAACGGCGGCGGCGCCACCGACGACGACACCAACCAACCCGUUGGUCGCGUGGGACCUCACUGGCCACUUUGAUUGCGACCCGUGUAAUCCCGACGAUGCGUCGUUCGUUGCAGGGGGAUAUUGCCCCCUCUUGAUCAAACUCGUUCAAGCGGCGCUGAGUCGAGACGGGUGGACGCCUCUGACCGCUCGUUUGAACAUGCUGCCAGGACCAUCCGCGGUCCUCGCCGCGGCAUCCAAGCCCAAACGGACGAAACGCGUGCUUGUCGUGGUCGUGGGGGGCAUUUCACCCCUCGAGAUCUCGGCCCUCCGCUUCCUUGGAAAAAAGCUGAAGGUAUCGUUUAUCGUCGCCAGCGACGCGAUCUUGUCGGGCAAGGCGUUCAUGGGGCAAGCCUUGGAACCGAUGGGAAAUGGACUCCAAUAGCAGAGCUCUCAGAGUCAAGACGAAAUCAAGAGGGACGCCAUGCCGUGCCGCGAUGCGACCAUCGUUGCACGGGUGAUAUCACCGGGGAGGCUUUCCACCGCUACCGUCGCGGUCCAAUAUGACGACGCACGCGGCGUCAACGGUGCACGACAUAAAUGCAUACGUGUAUCGUUGUGGCGAAUAUCCUGCGCGAUCCAACCAACCUGUCGACCUUGUGUCGACUCUGCCAUCGCCUCGAGAUUGGACGGAGUGCACCAUGAUGAUGGCAGGACGUAGA